AUGUUUUUCGCUCCUUAAUUUCAAGAAUUUAUGGAAAAAGAAAAAUCCAUUUAUUCAUCUUUGUAAAAACAUCUUGAUAUAAUAUUAGUACAUUAAUAUACUUAAAUAGGCUAAUCAAUUAGAUUUUACAUAUCAUUCUGUGUUUCAAUUAUUUUGUCAUAUAUCCAUUUUACACAAUACUUAAGCAACUGUUUUUUAAGCCCUUAUGAAAAUGGUGGGUAGUUUAGUUGAAUAAAAUAAAUAGUAAAAAUUUAAUGAUUUACUUCUUAUUGAUAAUCAACCAAAAUCAGCUAAAUUUUUAUAACCAAAUUUUUUUGAAAUAUUUGAAGAUAAAUAAACUCAAUCAUCCAAAAAAUAUAAAUUAUUAAACACUAAUGAUGAAUAAAAGAAAUUUUCUAUUUAGACUGAAGUAGAGCUUCCAAAAGAAAAGGUUUUUAGAGAAGUCGUUAAAAAUAGAAAAGAAAGAUAAUAAAUGGAUGCACAUGAAUGUGAAGAAUGUGAAAGAUUUUAUAAAGCCUUGCCAAAUACUAAUUAAGCAGAAAAAUUAAAGUAGGAGUAUUCAAGACAUAGAAUUAAUCAUAAGAUAAAUCAAGAAAAAUUAUUAUUAACUCCAGAAUGA